CGGGGCGGGCUCACCUCCGGCGGGGCGCGGCGCAGCGGCGGUGAUGCCUGAAACGUGGCGGAGGCGGGCCUGGCUGCGGUUGGCUGGUGCAGGGCCCGACACCCGCCUCCUCCCACGCCUCAGGCAUUCAUUCCCGGAGCGUAUCUGCCGGCCUGGGGUCCUGUUGGAUGCUUGUGCCGGUGGGCAGGCGCCGUCGGCCAGAGAAAAGGGAGUCUCUAUUGGAGCCGAAAAGUUUGAUAUUCGCGGUUUUAUAAAGCGCCCUGAAAGCGAGAAGAGGGGCUGGGAGAUGUGCUCACUUGUACACACUCCUUAUGGCUCAAAAGGACCGCGCUAUUAUUCACAAUUACGGCUCGCGGGGAGGCCGUCCAGGCACUAAGGAGACGAACCUGCAAAGGGAGAAAGAGAUGAGAAGGCGCUUACUAUAGAGAAGCCAAGGGAGGACCUCGUCUUUAGAAGGGAGUGGUCAGCUGCGUUGAGUGCUACGAAAAGGUCAAGUAAAAGGACAGAAAAAUGUCAGGUGGAAGCCGUUGGGGGACCUUAGCAAGAGCUGUUCAGGUGGACAGAUGGAAGCCAGACUAAAGAGAGAUGUUUUAAAGUCUGAGCAUGAUCACUAGGGAUGAAAUCUGAAGAACACAGAAGGAUGGAAAGAUGCUGGCCCCUUGAUUCAGCUACUGAAUUGGAAAACCCUAGGCUAGUCACUCUUUCUUCAAACAUGUCUGAUGGCAGAAUGGAAGACUUUACUAAAACUAGACCUUUGGACAUUGGACCUAUCUAUUUCUUUGAUCAGAUGAAACCAAAAAAGAAAAAAUGGGAAAAGAGAGACCGCCUCCCCCAUUUGGAGCGCACUUCAGAAGAAAAACAUAGUCCUACAGAGAGUUUUAACUCUAAAGAAGUAGAUGAGGAACCAAGUCUAUCUAUAGUAGCUGCAUCGAAGAAGCAAUAUGCGUUUCAACCAUUUGCCAUCUCACCAACUCCUGUUGUUUCCAAGCUUUCUGCUAAGCUUACAUUCUCCAAAAUACAAAUGCAAAAGAGUCUGCUUGAAGAAUACAAAGGCAUUGCUGCUGAAUUACUGUGUGAACUUGGGGAGACAUUGCACCUGUAUGCUGAGUAUAAUAUUGCUUUCCCUGUAGGAAUUGUAAAUCUUGUGAAUUACAGUUGGCAUGAUCUCAUUGAAGAAGCUAAUAAAUAUGAAACCAAAAUGUCAAUGUUGAAGAAACAGGAUGCCUUGCAAAGCAAUUCCAGUUGCAUGAUAGUUGACAAAAUCAGCAACUAUCCAAUAGAAUGUCAUAAGGAAAAUCUGAUGAAAACAAAAAGAGAUCACCACCAUUUUGUAUCAAUUCAUCCUAUGAAAAAAAUAUCUGUUUUCAGCCAAAAGCAGUAUUCCCAGAUCUUCCAGGAAAGCAAUUUACCUUUUGUCAUUCACUUCUCACUGUCGUCCAAGAUCUGUUUAGAAAAUGGUUGGAUCCUUCACUAUCCUCACACAAAAUUGGAAAUUCUGAAAUGGAAGACAGUCCUUCAUAUCGCUGUGAAGAAGCUACAAGAAGCCAUAAUUCAAAUCAAAACAGAAGCAGCCAAGCUGAAGAAAGAGGGAUUCAACAAACGACUUAUUCUGCGCCACUAUAAUGAUCCUAAACAGGAGGCAGAGGUGGACAGUAGUCCCCUCGGUUCUCAAUAUUUCUGGCUGGAGCUGCUGAAGGGGAAGCCUCAGAUGCCAGCAGUCCAACAGGAUGACCCAGGGAUGAAAAAGUUCCAUUACGCCUUGAUAGACGGUUCCUCCAUGAUUUACUAUCCGUCUGGCCGUGUAGCUGUCUGUCAAAGCUAUUCUGCCCUCCCUUGGGGUGGCAUGUACACCAACAUAUUCAGUGACUUGCCAGAUCAAGUUAUCCUUGGGACAUUUACACCUUUUGGAUGUGGUAGUAUUUCUUUUCCUAAGAGCCAAAUAAUAUCAAUGAUGUUUAAUGAGGAUGGAGGCCUGGUGAUCAACAAAAAUGGAUACAUUGUAAGAGAAUGGGCAUGGCCUUCAAAGGGAAAACUUGAUGAUCCUGUUGAAAUUUCGCGUUCAAGUUUCUCAGGUGCAGAAAAUACUGCUACAUUUGAUACAGCAAUGGACAUAAGCCCUAUGUCUGACAUUGCGACAGUUAUUAAAUUAAGAAGACUACAGAGAAAAGCCAAGCACAUCCUAUUUAACUGGCUGGAUUACUACAAAUUUUCAUUGGGAAUAGAAUGUCUGCACAUGUGCAAAGUGCCCAGGUUUCGACCAAAAGUGGUCAGGAAACAAGAAGUCUCCCCAGCAGAAUUUCUUCUGAAACCAAGUGCAAAGGAAAAAGAUGAGAAUAAGGAGUAUCUUCUAUACCGAAACACCUUCCUAAAACUGAAGGGUGUCUUUCAGCCUUCGCCUCUCCUUUGCAUCCAGAAGACCCCAGCCAGCAAGUGUUCCUUCAGGCUUCCCCUCCCCAUUCAGAGCAAGGAUGGGCAGUUUGCUCCCCAUCUGGCUUGUCCUGUGGUCCUAAGGAGAAUGCUCUGCAGGAAGGACGGGCCCAUUUGCCGAUGUAGCACUUACAGUGUUCCCGAAGUGACAGACCUGGAGUAUGAUCACCUUAUAAACCAGCAACUGUCCUCCAUGGACCAGAUUAUUAUAGUCUAUGUGUUCUCAGCUAAGGAAAAGGACAAGACUAUGAAGGAAGUGAACAAACUGUACAGGGAACAGAAUAAAGCUCGAAACAUGCCUUGUACUCAGAGUCGUUUGGAUUCCUUUCGAUUUCUCAAAUACAACAUAAUGUCUGCAUCUAAAUUUACAGGCAGCAAUUACCCACUUCUGGUUCAAAGGCACAAUGUCGUUCCAGGAAUUUUUUUGAUGUACAUCCAAGGAAAAUUACUAUUUGCCAACUUUAUUUUCAAUGGUUACAGCACCUCUGCUAAAGACCUUCAGAAGCAAAUUGUGAAGACAAGGGGUGAUUAUCAUAUGGGAUAUUUCCUACCCAGUGACUUCAGAAUCCGGGCUCAACCUACUGCAUGUUUUGGAAAUGAAGAUAUACUUCUCUAAAAAUAAAAAUUAAACAACAUUAAAAAAAAACCUCACCAAAGAAAUUCUUAACAGCAUAUGAUAUCCAGAUCAAAGAGAAAGUACUGUAGGAAAUGGUCAUUUGAAUGGACUGGUUUUAAUAGGAAUAAAAAAAUUAGAGGAUAAAAAUACAGAGAAGGUAAAGUAUAAAAACAAAAUGGUUCCUUUUGUACAAUGAAAGCUCUUCUACUUUGAGAAAAGGUACUGAUUGUAACUUCACUUAUUUUCAGGAUAGAAAUGAAAUAGGUACUAAAGUAAUAGAUGUUACAAAAUUCAUGCACUUAGUAUAAUCCAGUUUUUUUGGGUCUUUACUGAGUCAAUUUACUCUUAUUUCCUACAUUAUUCUAGCAGUCUUAGCCACCUUGUUUUCAAAACCAAGCAGACUAGAAGGGGAACUAUGAGGAUGGAAAAAGGCACACUUAAGCAAGCAGUAAUAUAAACUGGAGAAAUUAGAACUAUUAAAAAACAAAGACAACAAAAUGAAGAAAGCACAGCAGAAUGGAGCCAUUUGGUAAAGGGUAUAUAGCUCUCAAUGCCUAAUUAGUUUAUCACAGCAUAAUUAACUACUGUUAAUAAUGACCAUUUUGACAUCAAAAAAGAUUAAAUAAAAUGCAUUUUAUAUAUUGUUUAAGAGGAUAGCAAUGCAUAUUAAGUUUUAAAGACUCCCUUCAACACUUAUUUCAAAAAAUUUUAAUGCUGAAUUUAAGCUCUAUAGAAAACUGGGGUAUAAAGAAUGACUCAUUCCCCCAAAAUUCAGAAACCCACUUCACGGGUAAUUCUACUAAAUUACCCAUGCAUGUUUAGUCUCAAACCAAUAGUUCUAGAAUAUAAAUCUUGAUGAACAGAGUUGAAAUCACAUUUACAGUGCUGUAUGUUUUAAGUCUAUACACUGUACUAAGAACAACUAAGAACAAAAUGUUUAACAUUGUCCUAAAAUAUACACAACAAUUUAUGCGAGGAUGUUAGUAAAAUUUUCUUUCAGAGCUUAAUUCAUUGAUGGAGAAUCCUAGAAAUAUCAAUAUGUAAAAAUGAAUUAAUACUUCAAAUAUAUGGCAAUCACAUAUACAACCAAAUGUUUUUAGCAAGUUUAGUAAAGAACUAAGAGGCAAACAAAAGUAUGCUAAGCAGCCAAACAGGUUCCAUAAAGUCCAUGCACGCCACUGACAGAAAAGCCCCUUAGCCUUCUUUCAGUCUACUUACUCUUACUUUAGACACAAUUCUAGCAAGCUUGGCAAUCUGGUUUCCCAGUCCACAGCAGAUUAGAAGCAGCAAAUUAGGGGCUAAUGCAGGAUGCAGGCACAGAAGACAGGAGCAAAAAGUGACAGCUGAUUAUACGGGAAAACAGAGAAGCUGUGAAAAACAAACAUGACUCAAAAGCAUAGCAAUACAGGACCACGCAGGAAAGGGGCAUUAUAUGUCUCAGGAGCCUCCUGAGGGCAAGUUUCUGAUUAUCACUCCAUAAUUGAUGUUCUUAAAGAUGACAAAAAAAAGUUAAAAUUAUAAACUACUCUAGAAAAAGGGAAGUAGAAAGUCCAUUGUAGAAAAUUUCGCACUGUACUGUUAAAAAAGUUUAUUAAAUGGAUUUGCCUCAGUUACCCAAAAAAUUAACUUAUACAAGUUAGUUAUCAUCAAUGAUUACAGAUAAAUCAACUGUUACUAUACUUAGGAUAUUUCCCCAUAUUUUCUCCUCUAAAAUAUUUAUAGCUUUAUUUUCUAAUAUAAUGUAAAUUGCACAGAUAUGUUCUUAUAAAUAUAACUGAGAGAAUAAAUCAACUUUUAUGCUUUGUCUAGUUGUCAUUCAUGGCAUGAUACCUACUUUAAUUCAAAUAAUGAAUUGGCUGAGCUAUACCAAUCUUAUGGUAUUUAGUUCCUGUUUCCUUGUUUUGUUUAGGUAUAGAAACAAUACAUGAUGAUUAAUCCAAAUCAACUGAGCCCUCCUUCCCACAUGAUUUCUCAAUAAUGUAUCAAAAUAUUUCAUAUUUUACAUUAGUGAUGGGGUAUGAGUAAGUCACCAGAGUGAAAUGACCUCCAACAUCCCUUAACACUUGAUUUAUAAUUUUGUGAAAUGUAGAUGAACUUGAAUCUUUUUAUGCUUUAAUAUUAAAAGCUUUACCACUUUUAUUAUGUGAAUCAGAAUUACUAUUGUUUUAAAUGAAAACUGAACUUUUAAUUUUUGACUUAUUUUACAAAUAUAUUUAUGACCAGAUCUUGUUUUAUUUUUAGCCUCAAUAGUUUUACUUUUAAAUAUUUCUGAGAAGUCAGAAUCACAAACAUCAUUUAGCAAUAUAGAAGAUUUUGGUUUUGCUGGAAAAACUUCCUGUGAAGUUAUUAAGUUAGCUGUAUCCACAGCUUUUAAAUGAUGGAUCUGUGAUUUAAACUCAGGCUUAUCCUUCUGCAUUAAACACUUAAGCCAAUAUUCUUAAAUUUCCUUACUAAUUUGCCUUAAAUGUGUUUCUUUUGACCUGCUUGUCUCCCAUAACUUCAAACUUGAGUCAAUGUGCUUUUUCCCAAUAAAGUAUAUUCAGAUAUUGUAAGUACAAUUAGACUUUAAAGAGGACUUAACUUAUGAAGUCAGAUAAUAGAGAAAACUUGUGAAUAUAAGCAGAGGACCACAAAUCAAAGACUAGGAAGAGUCUGGCACUAGACUAGUCAGACCAGAUAUGUAGUUUUAAUGAAAGCUGAAAAGAAAAUAAUUUAAGAUAUAAUUGUCACCAGAUCAUUUAUUGCCAUGAUUUUCCUAACUAUAGACAAAGCAUAAAAAUUCUGUCUUCAAGAUUGACUUAGUUUUUUUAAAACAUUCUUGCAUUAAAUACUAGGUUUGAAACAAACUAUGGAAAUGUUCGUAUUAAAAGCUGUCAGCCCUGGUAA